AUGAAGAGAGUGCUAGGAAAGGAGCAUCUCGAUACGCUGAUGAGCAUGAGUAAUCUGGCUAUGACCUGGAAAGACCAAGGCCGAUGGAAGGAGGCGGAAGAGCUACAGGUGGGAGUGAUAGAGACGAUGAAGAGAGUGCUAGGAAAGGAGCAUCCCGAUACGCUGACGACCAUGGAAAACCUAGCGUCGACGUACAGAAACCAAGGUCGAUGGAAGGAGGCGGAAGAAUUACAGGUAGGAGUGAUGGAGACGAGGAAGAGAGUGCUGGGAAAGGAGCAUCCCGAGACGCUGAGGAGCAUGAACAAUCUGGCCGUGACCUGGGACGACCAAGGCCGUACCAGAGAUGCUUUAGCCCUGAUGCGAAGCUGCGUUGUCCUACGAGAGCGAGUGCUUGGUACAGACCAUCCGCAUACAGCGUCAUCGGUGGCAAUUCUCGCUGAGUGGGAAAUAUGA